AUGCAGAUCAACAUUGAGAGUGUUCCUGAAAAUCCGGUGGUUCCGGGGAUACCUUUCGAGGGCUUCUCUGCCACCGGGAAAUCUGACUUGAGGAUUUGCGGCUUACCAGUGACCAGGCUGAGGAGAGGUGGCCGCUCUCAUACAGCUCAGACUGGCGGUGAGCAACUUGAAUAGAGCUGUACCCCACCCCACUAUGGGCCUGCGUGGGUUAUCCCGGUCCCCCUGGCUUACCCCAUAGCCUCACACCGCAACCGAGCUACCGACACAUACCGCAUGGUGCACCCGGCAGACACAUCCAAGAUGGCGGACGAACUCUCUAUACAGAGGUACAAGCUGCAAAGGUUGGGGACGGUCCUACUAGGCUCGGUGGUCUGCAUUCUCCAAAGGCUGGAUAAAGUGUUCCAGAGAUUCUGGCGAUGGCUGGAGGCUCAGAUGUCAACUCAACAGAUCCAGCAUCCGGGGAAAGAGCGCAUUGGUGA